UACUUUCUUUAAUUCUUUAUUACAUAAACCUGAUAUUUUUCACUACACUGUAAGUAAGAAGAGGGCAGGUGAUACAAUUCAGUGUUGCUACCACUGUAAACAUUCAAAAUGGCCUCUGAAUUGCAAUGGAGAAGGAACUGGAAGCCAAACUUAGCCUCCUGUCCAUGGAAACAGUUAUCAUCUUACUCUGUAAAAGGAAGCGCUGCAGGUGACAGCUGCUUGCUUAUUAAAAGUCUUUUUGGUGAAGAAUCAUAUGAGUUACUGAUCACUGAUUUGACAACUUUCUGGCAUGAAACUUUGUCUGUUGACAGUUUAAAAAGCAGAAUCAAUAAGCUGAAUCCGCAUAUAGAAGCUCCAAUUGGUAAAAUAUUAAAUCACAUAAAGGAAAAUAUUUUGCACCCAGAGAAAAGUACUCAAAUGACUCUAGAGAUUAAAGGAGGUGAAAUGAUAUUGGAAAUGAAAUCACAAAUGGCUGGCAUACCCUUUCUCUAUCGUGUAGAGGCUAGUUUAGCAAAUCAUGAAAUGAGCAGAGAUCAUUUAACAGUACCACUGAUGUUGAUGACUGGAGAACUAUUUAGACAGCGAAUGGAGCUAUUCAACCUUUUGACUGCUAAAGACAAGGAGAUUGCUGAUUACAAAUCUCAGGGUGUGAAAGUCUCAAGAAAAUAUAUGGAAACAUUACCUUUUGAUGAACUUGUUUUUCAAAACAAUAUGGUCACAUCAAAGGGAUUUGAAGAUGAUGUUGUCACUAAUGGUAGCAAAAGCCUAACAUCUGUAGGACAAGAUUUGUACCGGGAAAUCAUAACAAAAAGAACUUGGUUGCUUAGUUCACCUUCUAAAGAGCCUGAACACAAUGAAUCAUUGGAAAGUGGACCAACUGAGCCAAGUGUAGAGUCAUGGUCUAACAGACUUCCUUCUUCAAUGGUAGACAAUAUUUCACCAAUCAAAUCUAACCAAGAAUCACCUAAGAAAGUGGAAGCUUCUCCAAUAAAGGAUUCAGAACAGCUUCGCAGAGAAGCUCUGGAGAGAAAAUUAGCCCAAGAGGAAGCAAGAGAAAAAGAAAAGAGGAAAAAGAAAAAGCUAAAAUUCUAAGUUUUUUUUAAUGACAUUAUAUUAUAAAUUUUUAUAAUUUAACUUCUUUUUCACCAAUUGUAAUUAGAACAAGUUGUACAUCACAAAAUAGGCAGUAUGAAUUCUUACCACUAUUCAUUAUUAUUAUGACAUAAUCAUAACUGUGAUAGUUUUUUUGCCUGUGAAUACUGUGAUAUUUUUUUGUAAAACCUGUUUUAUUUAAAAUGUACUGGUCAGCUUUUGACUAAAUAAAAUUUGAUAGGACUAUUACCAUA